AUGACCCCUAAGAAUGUGAUGGUAACUGUUUGGUGGUCUAGCGCCGGUGUAAUUCAUCAUAGCUUCGUACCAAACGGCAUGAGCAUCACUGCAGAUGUGUACUGUGAAAAACUAAACACAAUAAUGGGUAAGCUCGCACGUCUCCAACCAGCUUUUGUCAAUCGCUCGGCUCCGCUGCUCCUGCACGACAACGCGCGACCUCCUACUGUACAGCAGACGGUCUCCAAGUUACAAGAGCUGGUGUUGGAAGUUCUCCGUCAUCCACCGUACUCACCAGAUCUUGCCCCUACUGACUUCCACUUUUUCCAGAAUUUGGAUAACUUUUUGGCGGGAAAAAAAUUCAAUACCCGAGUGGCAGUACAAAAUGUCUUUGAAGAGUUUUUCAAGAAAGGCAUCAAUAAGUUACCACUACGUUGGUCAAAAUGCAUUGAUUCUCAGGGUAAUUACUUUGAACAAUAA